AUGGACCAAGUUAUCCCUUCAACGAUGUAUGCUUGGAGAAAGCAUAGGGGUAAUUCUGAGCCGGUCUGGGAAGAAGUUCCAGUGCCACAUACCCCUCCUCGAGGUGUUCUGAUUAAGUUGCUAGCUUCUGGCGUAUGCCACAGCGACUAUUCACUCCUCACAAAUGAAAACCAACGUCCGUGGUUCCAGGAAAAGUACAUUUUGGGCCACGAAGGCUGCGGCCGGAUAGUGCAAAUAGGGAAGGAGGCAAAAGAGUCCGGUUUUAAGGUGGGCGACAGAGUGGCCACCAUUGCCGUGCCUGGCUGCGGCGAGAGCGAUUGCCCAGAAUGUUCUCGUGAUCUGCCACAGCUGUGUGAGCGCGCACAUCAUUCAGGCAUUGGUGAAGAUGGCUUCUACGCACCUUAUGCGGCUUUGGACAUUCGAGCCAUAGUUUUGGUUCCUGAAAACAUAUCUUCAUCAGUAGCAGCGGUGGCAACAGACGCUGUGAAAACAAGUUACCACGCUAUCACAAGACGUGCUGAAGUAAAAAGUCACGAAACCGUAUUUUUGUUCGGCCUCGGUGGACUGGGGUUUAAUGCACUGCAAAUAAUUCUACACAUCGGUGCGAGAGUCAUUAUAUCUGAUAUUCGCCAGGAGCGCUUGGAUGAGGCAGAGCGGGCUGGGGUUCCAAAACCGGAUAUUGUCCCAGCCGGUGUUUCUGUGCAGGAGUUUGUACGUGAUAAUAGCUUGGAAGGAAAGAUUGACACGGUGUUGGAUUUUGUGGGCAAAAAUCAGACGUUUGAGGAUGCUCAGAGCAUUGUUCGUCGCGGAGGAAAACUAGUGUGCAUCGGUACUCUAGACGAAACGAACACGAUUGACAUGAAGAUUGGGAUUCGUAAAAGAUUGAGCAUUAUAUUUACGUACGGUGGGCAGAAGAGAGAUCUACAAGAGGUUCUAGAUUUGAUCUCCAAACAAGCUAUUAGGCCGCAAGUCGACAAUGCAGUACUUGAAGAGUUUCCGAUGAUCCUCAAGCUUCUAUGUGAUGGGAAGAUCAAGGCUCGAGUUGCCUUGUUGCAUCAGUAG